AUGGCUUCGCUUUUAACAAAACUCGGACGAGUGGUUCUCUUCGGUCUGAUAAUUACACAGAGCUUACUUCUAUCUGCUUAUCUCGCGAAGUAUGAGGGCAACUCCAAGUGGUAUUUCAUGGCCUUUUCCUUUGGCCCAGCAAUUGGUGUUUGGUUUGUAUAUCUAUGUUCAAAUUCACCCUACCUUGGUAGCCUCUUUGGAGUUUGGGGUCUGUAUAUCGUGGCCUUGGUUGUAAACAUCGCAGUGAUAUUAGCAAUCGUCGGAGAUAGAAUCAGCAAGACCGAGGUUUUAAGUCCAAAUGUAUUGAAGGCGAUUCUGUGCAUUACACCACUUCUGCUAGUACUCUUCCUAUUCACAGGCAUGAAAACAAUGAUUGUUUCUGAGUUGCGUUUUUCCAUGACCGUCGAUCUGUUAGAUGGAGUCGUGAUGAUAGAUACCGUGUUAAAAGGAAUAGAGCACGACCUUGGAAUACCCAAAGCAUUCAGUAUAACAAUGAUCGUGUUCGCUUGCAUCAGUUUUACUAUGUCGAUAAUUCCCUGGAAAAUGUUAGAAGAUAGAUCCACCGAAAGGGGGCAGCAAAUUAUUUUGUGUCGCAAUAUUCUUCACACAUUUUUCGUAAAUGUACCAUUCUUGGUUAUUCGUGCGGUGGUGUUCUAUAAGUUUGGCAAAGACGAGUCCAUUUUCAUUGCCAAGAAUUUGAUAGGAAUAAUGUUUUCCUCUAAGGAGUUUCUUGAUCUA